CCUACACCACAUUUGCAUGUAAUUCCUCUCGUUUUCUUUCUUGCUAACUUAACGAAUUUGUAUGACGACAAAACCAAAAGUGCUUAUUUCAGUUUCACUUUGAUAUUGGAUAAAGUCGGAAGCAAUAGAGGCGUGACUCACACUGAGAUACAAUUUCACCACCUUAUUCCACCGGUCAAUUAAUUAUUCAUAGCUGCACAUGUGUACAUGUGACACAUUUGUCCACGACUUUCUUAAAUAUUUUGAACACAAAUUGGAUAAAAACUUUUUUUUCUAAAAGUGAAGAGAAUGAAUUAAAGCAACAAUGAAAGUGACGUUACGAUUUUUAAAGUUUAAAGCUCGGACGAAAUUAAACAGUUCGUUAAUUAUUUUCUGUCUCGUGGGGUUGUUUCUGCUGCUUGUGGAGAAUGUGGUUGUAGUGAAUAGUUUUGAUUUGCUCGGAACGCAUAGGAAUGCUGAGUAUUCUUCAAGUCUAGUCAUUUUAUUAACAGUCAGUGCAUACCACACAAUUGUAAAUGGGGCGGUUGUUCCUCUUGAAACUGGAGCAGCAGCGUCGUUACUUAAACUGCAGUCCAAACAAGAUGGACUCCAACUACAACAAGAACAGAGGAGCCCGCGUAAAAUGGGAUACAUUUCUGCCAGCCUCCGAACUAUGGGAUGUCUUCCAAAAUUCUUUUGUGCCAUGGAUUCUAGAGACCAAACAUGGAAUGACAUUGCACAUUUAAUAAAAUUUGCCAUGUUAAACGAUGAUCCUCAAAUUGAGCAUAACGAGAACAACUUGGAAGACUAUUUUCUUUCUUCUAUGCAAGGUUUGCAACCUUUUGAGCCUCCGUCGUCAUCGUCAUCAGAAGAGGAUUCCAAGGAAGACGACGAGUAUUUGGCAGUCGAAAUCCAAGCGGGGGAUACUAAUUUGCCAGCGCAACAAGCACCGGUAUCCGUGUCAAGCUCGACAACAGUAUCGCCAACAGACCUCAAUCUCACAAAGCAAGAAAAGUACAAACGAGAAGAAGCUCUCGUUGAUGAAAUGUUGGCCAAUUUGGAUCAAGCAAUCGAAAAUACAAAGCUAAACAAUGAUGCAAAUCUAUCAAAUAUUUUGUCUGGUUUAAAUAAAAUGUUUAGAUUCGGACGAAGUAUGAAUGAGACUGGUAAUCGAGAUGCUCGAGCGUUUUCGAUGAAAAAUAAUUUCCUGGCACAAAUGAAAUUGGCUGCCAAGAUCCGACAGAUGGAUGCAGAAAGUGACAAGUACACGGAGCACUGUACCUCAACCUUUAGUCUCUGUCCGUAUACUGUGCAGGCAAUGAAAACCAUGAUACAAAAAGGCAGAGAAGAAGCUAAACUUGAGGCCGAUUUUAUAAACCAGUUUCCAAAACCGCCCCCACUCACGCCUCCUCCGCCCCCACCACCACCAGCCCAAUAUCACAAACCGCCCCCACUACUGAUUCCACCUACACCAAUAAUGGCAACCAAAUUGCCCCCAAUUAUCUACCCAAGGCUACCCCCAUUUGAUCAUGCAAUGAAAGAGCAAUUUAAUCCUAAUCUUCAGAGUAGUAAUGCACCCCAGGAUAUUUAUAGGCAGAAUGUAUUUCGAGUACAACCAUCCCUUCAGAGCACUAAUUCUCCCGGGGACAUAGUAAAAUCUUUUGCCCCUAAUAAGACAGAAGAUAAUAAGUUUGAUUUUAUGGAACAACGUGAGUCUGCACCAACAAAGAAUUCAAUUGUGCAAAACUUUCUCUCGCAAUCAAGAUCAGCAAUAUCAACAGACCAGGAGCCGAACACACCAGCACUUCAGCAGGUUGACAAUUAUGUAGAAACUGGUUUAGUAUCGGCAAGCAAUAUCAAUAACCAUGAACCUGUCAGUAAGGAUGGCGAUGAAUCAGAAGAUGCUUCCCGUAGAUGGCAGGAUGAUAUCGGGAAAUUCAAACCCAAAUUGAGCAAUAAGACAAGAUACAGAGUUAGAUCAAAAGGAAAGAGAAGUAGAAGAUCUUCGACAGAAAUGGAUGAUGAGGACGACGAAGAGGAAAAUGAAAGCUGGGAGUACAACGGUGCAUCGGAGGAAGACCGGGAAAAUUGGCCGUCACGUGUACUUGUACCUCCCCCAGCACCUCCACCCAAAAACUCUCCGCAAGCAGAUCAAAGAGAAGAUCAGGGAACGUCCUCCGAAGAAGACAGUGACGAACUUGAGACCAAGCCGAAUCCAACCUUAUCUUCCAUGCCAAAACCACCACGGCCUAGACCACCAAUGGUUGAUCAUGCCUUUAAAGAGGUCGAGGAGGAGUGGCCAAACGACGACAAGGAUUCAUCGGAAGAAGAUGACGAAGAAGACGAUGAAGAUGCAGCUGGUGAAAAGCCGCAAAAGAAACAACAAAAGAAUACAACACAGCGGCCAGACAACAAUGUUACCACUGCUCCAACAACUCCGCCAACGCCCACUAGUACCGUAAAGUCCUUGUUUAACGACCUACAUUCCGAAUCUAAUAUUUUGGGACAAAAGUUAACGCAUGUGGAGAAGAACCGUCCCAGUUGGAGUAUCGGUGGUCAGAAAGGUGAGACGACCACGCCAGUGUCUUUGUUGGGCUCUGUAUUUGGCAUGUCAACUAAAGCAGGAAAGACCAAGCGUAAAAAGAACAACUCACCGUUCCAUCUCGUCAUUAAGCAUGCAUUGACUUCGGAUAAAGUAACCAAUGUGGUAGGACAAAAUAUGGGUCUAGCUAUUCCAGGCAGCGGCAGUGCUGAGUACGACUACACUGCCAUGCAUAAUACCCAAUACAAUAGUGGAGAAUCCCUUUGGAAGCCGCCCUCUUAUCAGAAACGAGGGAAACGUCCGGGAAUUAAUUGGAAAACACAUGGACUUCGCCCUUCGUCCAACGAAUAUGAAUGGGACGCCCAGAAACCCGUUCCGAACCCCGCCACCAAUGGAGGGGACUGGGCUGUCCAAAAUUACUGGAACAGCCAGGAAACGGCUGGAGCUGGAAGUUCGUAUCCUUAUGGGGGACAUUCCCCAAACGCCCAACAACUUCCCCUUAGUUCCUACGACCAAUCUCCAACCUUUGGGUACCAUCUGUACCAGCAACCCUACUCAUCACCGCAAUCUUUAAUGUCUAGCAACUAUCAAGGACAAGGUCCGCAGCAUAGCUUACCACCGUACUCGUUCCCAUCUUCAGGACACGCUGCGUACAAUGAUCCAUUAUCCACUUUUCCCUAUCAACAAGCCCAAUCACCGCAUUUUUCUUCGUCUUUAAGCCCAUACCCACACCAGCCAAUGUUAUCAGAACCUGCAUCACAGUUCCCUCUCGAUCCGGCGUCACCAUUUCCUUCGUAUUACAAAAGGGAUGUUGGUGUCGAGGGCAAAGAGUAUGAAACUCACGGCCCCAAAACGACAUCAUUUCAUAUCAACCGUAGGCCCAAAACUAAAACGAACAUUGGUGCGUCUACUACGUCUCAAAAGAAGCUGUACCAACAAAGUCCUGGGCGACCUCAAAUGUGGCAUCACACUACAACCACCACCACCACUACUAUCAAACCAAUGGUAUUUCGUGCCAAUCAUUACGGUUACAACACGCAAGAUAAAUUGUACAGUGGAGAAAGCAAUGAUCACAUGAAACAAGCAGGAUCGUAUGAGGUCGCUUAUGACGAACCAGCUCCAUCUCAAUAUAGUUGGGAGACUCCGGAUUCAAAUUUGCGGUACUCGGAAGAAGCUGGUGUAAUCAUCCCGACAAAACAGCACCAUCACGAAGAAGAAGAGUUAUCUAAAAAUUAUCCAUUAAUACACAACGUGACGCCUCAUCCAGUGGUCAUCACAACUAGACAAACUAGUGCUCCCGGAGUUUUAAAUCGUGCUCGAACCUAUGCCCAACAACGUUAUCAUCCCAACAAGCCUGCGCACUCCUCCGCAACGCGGAUCAUGCGACAGAAAAAACAACCUGCUUCUUUGUCAAGUAUACACCAAAGGCAAGAACAACCUGUUUCAUCACAAAACUCGGACAGCAAAAUGCACAAUUUCCAGUACAACAGAGCCCAAAACGUGAAUAUGCAGAUUGCGAGCCAGCAGUAUAAUUCAGCCCACAAUACCAAACAAAACCUUGGUCGUUCUCACCUAUCGCCGGUUCCAAGUUUUGGUUCAUACUAUUCACUGCUUACAAACUCGGCUCCCAAACCUGAAGCCAGACCAGCUACUACGAAACCGUUGGUGCAUAAUUCAUCUGCAAGACGGGCUUCGACGACAGCAACACGGCGGCGUCCGGGGUUCACCAAAGUAAAUACCUAUUCAGAAAAUGGCGCGCUUCAAAAUAGGGCAAUAGCAUCUUUUCAAAAGGAUCCAAAUCUUCAGACGUCGCAAAAUGAUGAGGUUGACAUUAAUGAGAUCGAUGAAAGCAAACGACCUCUCGUGAUGCAGCAACAACAAACCUUGCAGCUAUUCAUUGCGCAACAGUUGCAUCAAUUAGCGGAACAGCAAUUAAAAAUGGCACAACAAAUUCCAUUACUGUCCAAUAAAAAACAAAGCAAGUCAUCUAAUCAUGUCAAUAACAAUAGAUAAUAAUUCUUAUUCUCUUGGGUAUUUGUGCACGUAUAAUAAUACAAUUAUGCGUACGUAUUUAUUUAAAUAAUUAUGCAUAGUUUAGUAGAUUAAGUUUGUAUUAAUUAUUUAUGCCGAGUUACAAGAUAAUUAUUGAAACGGGAAUUGAUUAGAGGUCAAUUCAUGGCCGAAAAAUAAAUAUAAAAUUAGCCGGUUCU